CCAAUUAUUUCAGGACAGAGGAAGAAAAAACAGGACCCUCUUUGUUCUCGAUGUUCUGAAUAGCAAUCGACAAUAAAGCUCUAUUGACCUGUCUCCCUGUGGUAGAGACACCAGCUAUCAAGGACAAACCUUGUUUUUAUGAGUGGUGGUUACUCGUUGGCCUGAUAGGUGUCUCGUGUCCAAAUUUGGUGUCUCGUGGGCCAUCCAGUACAACCCUCUGCCAGGAAGCAGGAAAAUCACGGUGGGACACGUUGCCUCCAUCCUUCCUGCUGAAUUUAGCAACAUUGCAGGCCAGCCAAACCAGCUGCGGUGUAAAACCGAUCGGGUAGCACAUAAUCUCCUUCUCCGUUAUGGCUUCAGCUGGGCUCUGGGCGGUCGAUUAUGAGGUUCAUGGAGAAGUCCAGGGUGUCUUCUUUAGAAAGUACACAGAAGAGCAAGGGAGGAAGUUGGGGCUGGUCGGCUGGGUGAAGAACACCGCGCAUGGGACCGUGACUGGACAAGUGCAGGGCCCGAAAGAGAAAGUGGAAAUCAUGAAGAACUGGCUGCGCACGGUGGGGAGCCCCAUGUCACGCAUUGACCGGGCCGUGUUCUCCAACGAGAAGGAGAUCUCUUCUCUAGAGUUCCAGUCCUUCACCACCAAGUAUUAGAAGCAGGAUGGGAAGUCUGCCUCUAAAUACUCCAAGGGAAUUUCCACCCAGAGAAGGCCCCACUUUUCCCUUUCUGGGAUGGACCCUCCUGCUGCUGCUGAGGACAACAUUAGACAUUGCUCUACUAGUCCUAUCCUGCUUCUACUACAUCUAUUGUGUCCUGAAAAAACACAACAUGUCCCAUAGACUAUCCACUACUCUUCUUGCCACUUUGCAUUGUUUACGUGAUUGGAGAGGAUGAAUUGUCAAGUUAGAUCAAUGCCCCAAAAAUAAUAAAACUCUCUUCCCUAAAUCUAUGUUACCAUUGAACAACCUUACAACAACAUGCCUUUGUAAUAGCCGUUCAAUGUCCUCCACAUUUGUUGCCCUUCCAUCUCAAUGUCCACCCAUCAAGACUACUAUUAGCUCAUUAAAGUUUAUCUUUUAAUGGAGGAAAA